AUGCUGAAGCCUUCUCCGUUUGAGAAGAGGCCUUUGCUCAGCAGUGGGCACUUAUAUGCUUAUGAUGAUGAUGAUGAUGAUGAUGAUGAUGAUGAAUACUUGAUGGAAAUAUUAUUAACUGAUCUGAUCUUAGAGUUCAAAACAACGUAUGCGUUUGCACUUGUACAGAUUUCUCUCAUGAUAACCAGCAAUGCCACACCGUGGGGCGUAAACUCGGGUAUUGAUGUUCCCGAGGAAUGUAAAGGACAAGGUUUCUGUACCGUCAGACCUCCAGGCUACGAUAAAAUCGAAGAGGAACUUAACCAUAUCCUUCCCAAACAAAUGAUUGAUUUUCACGCGAGAUCCAGUGAACCUACAAAUUUCAGACCUGAAGACGAUGACGAUAACUGCCCAACCAUAGUUACGUCGAAAUCAGUUUACCUGUACGACAACAACGAUGAAGAACCAGACAUCAUCGUGCAGACCAAGUUUAUUCCCCAAAUUGUCACACAAGUUAAUUGCGCAUGGAGUCGCAUGGAAAAUGGUCAAGAAUGCUUCAAAAACUUGGGACUAAGUCCGUUCGGUAUGAAGUCCAGUUGCAGGGAGCAUUCAGCAACACGGUCUUUACUAGUUUACGAUACUCGAGUCAAGAAAGUUGCGAUAAAAAAUUAUACUAUUCCCGUCUGCUGCUCUUGUCACAUCGCCGUGUCCUUAUGCUUUUCAAAAUCAAUAGGUAAUCCAAUAGACGGUGAAAUACUUGGCGAUUACAGUUCUCUUGUCCAAUAUGAGAUGCCCGCAGCAUGCAAGAACCAAACUUUUUGUUUUGAAAAGGGUGAAAACUAUCCUGAAGAACUCGUCGGGGAAUUCUUAAAAACGAUGCCCUUGGGUUUGGACCAAACUGGCUUUAGAGCUGGCUUUAGUUUCCGGGUCGGGGAUGACGAGGAUGGUAAUGCGGAUUGUCCAGCAAACACGACAUUUGCUGACAAACCUAUUUACUACAUUGUCGAUGAAAUGGGAAUGGUGAGAGUAGUUAUCCAAUCCCCUAACCAGUUCGAGCAGCUCUACAGUACCAGAUGGUGUCUAAAUCCAGGAAUAAUCCGUCAAGAUACGCCGCAUUUCUUGUCUGGAUCACGAACACUAAAGCAGUUCCAAAUUGAGUGUGUUACAACGUACAUGAAUCUUGAUUUCAUGGUGUUACUGGAUGAUGUGGAUGGACCAACAAUGAAGUCGACGUAUGCUAUGGGCGGUAUUCCAAUCGCUGUGCUUAUAAGCUUUUCAAAAUCAAUGGGUAAUCCCAUUGAAAUUGCUGCCCCCAGCUCUCUUUUACGGUAUGAGAUGCCCGCAGCAUGCAAGAACCAAACUUUCUGUUUCGAAAAAGGUGACAACUAUCCUGAUGACCUGGUCGAACAAUUCUUAAAAGCUAUACCUCUACAGAAUAAUCUUGGCUCACGGAUAGGCUUUAGUUUCCGAGGCGGAGAUGAAGAAAAUGGUAAUGCGGAUUGUCCAGCAAACACGACAUAUGUGGACAAACCUAUUUACUACAUUGUCGAUGAAAUGGGGAUGGUGAGAGUAGUUAUCCAAUCCCCUAAGAAGUUCGAACAGAUCUACAGUACCAGAUGGUGCCUGAAUCCAGGAGUCAUCACUAAGAAUACGGCGCAUUUCUUCCCUGAGUCGCUGACAUUUAAAAAAGUCCAGCUUAGAUGUGAUACAUCAUACAUGGAUUUGGAUUUCAUGGUAUUGGUAGACGACUAUGAUCAACCAACAUACGAAGUGGUGAAGGCUUUGGGUGGCAUACCAGUUUGCUGUAAAUGCCUAUACUCAAGAUCGAAUAUUAAGUAAUCAACCUGUAUAUUGUUAUUUUGAGAUUAAUAUUUUCGACAAUGGAUCCGAGAUGCUUAUCGUGAGACUUG